UAACAAGAAAUAAUCAUUCCUUUAAUGAAGUUUGCAUUUGUCUGGACGUUUUUCUUGAGAAAUGAUAUUGUGUGUUGAGGUGUGAAGAAAUUAAAGAUGAUCUAUAAGGAGUGGGUUCUAGUUUUUCUGGUUGUUGUGUUCUUAAAGCCUUCUUCUAGUAUUUAUGAACCAUAUGUAACUUUACCAAAAAAGCCUCAUCUUACUCCUGGUAUUAAAACGAGUGGUUGGAGGAACUCCCGAAUAGAAAACGUCCAGAUUCAUCAUAAUUAUAGCCAUGUGAAUUAUCAGAACCCCAAAUCAGGCAACGCUCUCACUGCCGCCCAGAUCUAUGAGAGCACCACGAGGAGGACAUAUCCCGUGUUCCAAAUACAUACAGAAGAACCCUCUACAAAUCAAAAUGUUAACCAAUAUCAGCAAAAUGUGAAGCCCCAAAAGGUUAUAAUUCGUGUAAAAAAACAGUUACAGAUGUAUGACAAAUGCCCACCAGGUGAAACUGGGCUGUUGGUUUAUUCUUUCUCCUGUCACCAGUUCCUGAACUGUUGGAAAGGAAGGACAUUCGUACAGAACUGCGCUCCUGGUACGCUCUUUAAUCCAGAUACUUUGAGCUGUGAUUUCCCGGAAAAAGUACGUUGCAUUAGUGGACCAAGACGUACAAUAUUCGAAAUUCCGCCAUCUUUCUCGCAUACUGUAAACACACGACAUCUCCAACCAAACUGCCCAGAAGACUUCUCGGGAAGAAUACCUAACUACGCAAACUGUUCAAAGUUUGUAGUUUGCAUACAGGGCAAGCCUAUGCAUCAAAUAUGCCCAACAGGUACCUUAUUCGAUAUAAACAGGAACGUUUGUGAUUUUCCAAAAAUAGCUAAUUGCUUCAAUGGCGAAAAUAAAGAUUUGCAGAGAAAAAAUGUUGAUUAUUUCAUUGUUAGCUCGACAAAUCGAAGUGGUGUACAGUAUCAACAAACAAGGCCCUACUACUACCAGACACAAUAUGGUAAUAAUAAAUUCGAUACUAAAUGCAGAGGAGAAGAAGAAUGUCGUGGAUCGCAUGGGGGACAAAAUUCUGAGGAGGGAAAUUUUGGAAUUUUUCAGCCUUCCCACAGCAAUUGUAAUCCAAAUGAUCCUACUUGUCACCUUUCUGGAGUUUCCAAUUCUAAAAAACAAGGUAAAAGUCCCCUAUUUAUUGAAACUGUAAAUCAAUCACCUUCUGUUGGGCAAAUUGAUAGGGAUAAUGUAUUUCCGAAUUGCUACCCUCCAAAUUGUGUCCCGAAUGGGAGGAUAGAUUUACCCACCAAUCAGCUAACUGAGAACUCAGGAUCAAAUAAUUUCAAGCAGAACUUGGGUCUUUAUACAGAUUCUUCACAUAUAAAAGUUGGAUGCAAUAUUUUAACCCUGGAAUGUACAGACCCUUUGAAUACAUUUCCCCAACAAGGUCCGAAAAACUUCAAUUCAAAUAAUUUAAGGGAAGGAAACAGAGACGUACGCAUUAUUUCCAACUGGCAGCAGAGUAAUUCCCUCCAAUCAUCAAACGGUGGUCGACUGAAUACACCAGAAUACAAAAGAGACAACCUAGGAGUUCAUAAUGCAAAUCAACAAACUCCUGAUGUACAUUGUCUGCCAGGAAGUACAGGUCUUCAAGCACAUCCCUAUAAUUGCUCAUUGUUUUUAAAUUGUGCUAAUGGUCAAACUUUCAUAAUGAAAUGUGGCCCAGGAACUCUAUUCAAUAAAAAUAUUAUGACUUGUGAUUUUGACUAUAAUGUACAAUGUGACCAUAAGGGUGGAAUGGAACCUGAAGGUAACUACAUUCGCCCCUACACUACACCAAGACCUUCUAAAAAAACUACAUUCGCCACUACAACUGAAAGAAGAUUGACAACUAGUUAUACUUAUUUAACCACCAAUGAAUAUUACAUUGGAGGUGGACAUUACAUUACAAGACCACCUAAAUCUCAAAGCUUUAAUAAGGUGUCGGAUUAUGAAGAUAUAGGGCCAAGUAGCCACGGUUUUGGUACAAAAAAACCAUUCAACUCCAAUCCAAAUAUCGAUCAAAAUAUAAUUAAUGAUAAUAAAAGAGAAAUACCAAAGCAACCUACCAAAAUCUGGCCACCACCCUAUCCAGCAACUGACACACAUGCUGAUUACGUUUUUGAUUAUAUGGAUGUGGAUAUGGAACCAACAGUUGGGGCCGAAAAUGCUGUUAAGUAUACUGGAAACGCUUGUAAAAAGGAUUCCUUCCCUUGUAAUCCUAUCAAAUGCAUUACGAAGGAUUUGGUGUGUAAUGGAUUUCAGGAUUGUCCUGAUGGUAGAGAUGAAGUUGGAUGCAUCAGUUACUUCGAUAAAUUCGAAGUCAAGAAGGACACGCGUUUGGCAGUGCCAGAGAAAGAAAGAUGGGAUAAUAUUACCGCUGCAUCAUGUGCUUACUUAUGUUUGGAAUCAAAGAAGUUUGAUUGCAAAUCUUUCAACUAUAGGAAAAUCGAUAACUGCUGUCUCCUCUCAGACAAAAAUGAAGGUUUGACUGGCCGUCUUAUGGCUUAUCCACCAAAUGAUUACUAUGAACUGAAAAGUUCCAAAAUUGAUUGCAGUAACAUGUUCAGAUGUAACAACGGUAAAUGUAUACGGAAGAACCAGAUUUGUGAUGGUCAAGAUGACUGCAGUGAUAGAAAGGAUGAGAUACAUUGUCCUGCUGAUAAAAUUGGUUAUAGCAUAAGGUUGAACGGUGGUAAGAAUCCUUGGGAAGGAAGAAUUGAAAUAUCUGCGUUUGGCCAAAAGGGUUACGUCUGCGACGACAAGUUCGAUAUAAAAAAUGCUAACGUUGUUUGCAAAGAAAUUGGAUACCAUUUAGGUGCAGCAGAGGUCAAAGGAAAUUCUGUUUUCGCCAAAGAUGUUCCUCAAGAAAAAGUUUUCUACAUGAUGGACGAUGUUAUGUGUUUGGGAAACGAGACUUCUUUAAGAGAUUGUGAUUUUAAUGGAUGGGGUUCUCAUGAUUGCACAAACACAGAGGUUGUUGGCGUUGUUUGCAACGGAAUGCAAGACAAGUGUCCGGAUUCAUUUUGGAAAUGUAAGAAUAGCAACGAGUGCGUUCCAAUGGCUUUUGUCUGCGACGGGCCCGAAGAUUGCUCCGACGGUUCCGAAGAAUCUGAUGAAUUAUGCUUAGCUCCUGUUGAAGUUAGAUUGGUAAAUGGCAGCAAUCGCGCAGAAGGUAGGCUUGAAGUGAAAUACCACGACGUUUGGGGUACUGUUUGUGAUGAUGAUUUCAAUGACGAUGCGGCCAAGGUAGUCUGUAAGAAUUUAGGUUACAAGGGAACAGUGACUGUCAAGAAGGAAGCCUAUUUUGGGGAAGGCAAAGGACCAAUAUGGUUGGAUCAAGUGACCUGUUUUGGUAACGAGUCCAAAUUGGAGAAGUGCAGUCAUUGGAAGUGGGGAGAAAAUAACUGCGAACACAAUGAAGACGUUGGUGUUAUAUGCAUUAAUUCUGACACAUCCGAAAUGGAGAGGCACGUGAAGAGUCCUCAGGAAAUUAACGCUUCUACCGUUACUAUGAACCCAUCGUAUCCUAUAUACCCGUCCACGUGUGGUUUGAGAAAAAAUAGUAUCUUCAGCGCAGAUAGCAAUGUCCACUUCAGGGUUGUUAAAGGAUCAAAAGCAAAAGUUGGGAAUUUCCCGUGGCAGGCAGCCUUAAGAGUAAAAGGUAAUCUUCGAGUGGCACAUUGGUGCGGCGCCGUCAUUAUAUCACCAACAUUCGUCCUGACAGCAGCUCAUUGCCUCGUCGGCUAUACCAAAGGGGCUUACAUCGUGAUAGCUGGUGAUUAUAAUAUCCAAGAAGAUGAAGGGACUGAACAACAUGCCUACAUCGAAGAUUUCUACAUCCAUGAGGACUUCAGGAAGGGCCACAAGAUGAACAACGAUAUCGCUUUAGUGAAACUGAAAGGCCAUGGUUUCAUCCUUAAUCAGGAUGUCCAAGCCAUAUGCCUUCCUGAAGAAGACACCGAUUACAAUGUCAAUUUGAACUGCACUAUUUCCGGAUUUGGGUCCAUUGAAAGUGGGGAAUCGGCAUUCUCGAACGAGCUCAGAGCAGGUGAAGUCCCUCUUUUACCCGACAGUGUCUGUAAAAUGCCUCACGUGUAUGGAAAUUCACUGACAGAUGGUAUGUUUUGUGCUGGCCAUCUCAAUGGAGGUACAGAUGCUUGCGAUGGAGAUAGUGGUGGUCCUCUGGCAUGUUUGGAUCAUGGUCUAUUUACACUCUACGGAAUAACAUCUUGGGGCCAUAGAUGUGGUUUUGCCAACAAACCUGGAGUUUAUGUCAAAGUGGCACACUACAGAAAGUGGAUUGAUGAUACAAUAAAAAAAAAUUUGUAAUUGUUUUAGAUUAAUUCCAAUGUAGAAUUGUUUAUUGUAUAUUGAAACUAUAUCUCUAUUUAUAUAUGGACUAAAAAAUAACUCCUU